CCGUGGAUAUUCACCCGAAUCCGACCUAAUCGGGUAGGGUAAAACCCGAACCCGAAGCAUUUUUCGUGGGUACGGGUAAAACCCGAACCCGAAUAUUGCGGGUAAUGGGUGGGCAUGGUUAUCUCACUAUCCAACCCGAACCCGCCCGAUUAUACACAUGCAUAUGUAUUUUGUCUAGAAAUAAUCAUUAUUUUUCUCUAAAAUAUUUUAUAUUUAGCAUAUAAAUAUAAUAUUUUCAUGAAAUUAUGUUGUUUUAAUUAAUUUUCGUCAUUCUAGUGAAUUAUUGUCGUACUUUUCCUCUUACGUAAUGUGAGUAUACGUGUGAAUGUUAACAUAUUGGUUGAAAUUAUGAGAAAUUAUUACCCAUGGAUAACCGUUGAUACCCGAAACCCGAACGGGUAUGGGCAUGGUUUUGAUUUUCUACCCGUUUCUCGUGUGGGUACGGGUAUGGGUAAAACCCGAACUACAUUGGGUAGGGUAACGGAUAUGCACUAUCCGCCCCCUACCCGACCCAUUGCCAUCCUAGUGAUCAUCACCCGGCCAGCUCCACCAGUAAGAUGGUUAUGUAACUUACUUUUUCAUUAAAUAACUAACCGUGGCCCUUAAGAUUGACCCCUACUCCCCAAGGAUUUGUGAAAGGAAAAGCAAAAAAGUGGCGAACUCCAUGGUCAUAGUGUCCAGGCCUAAGCCCAACUGAUAACUAAGUUACAAUAGAGCUGUUGGUGGGCCUUCAACAUGACGCAGCCCAGACAAAUAGGAGUGUCAUUUCCCUUUCCACGCCGAACCUUGCGAGCAAAAUUUACAGAGGCAGCCCAGAGCUUCGUUGAUCCUUUCCCUCCACUCGACGGAGAAAGUUGCCCCGUAGCUCCUCCUCCUCCUUCAUCAAUGGCGGCUGUCGUUUGUGUCAGCUUCUUAAGUCCGCUCCCCGUCGCAGAAUCAUCUUCUCAGGUAAAUAACGGCCACCGUGUAGCUUUUCUUUCACCUUAUCCUUUCCCUAAUUCCCAGCGGCUCUCGAUCUGAUUCAAAUCGAUUGCCUUCAUUUGUUUUCAUGCUCCCAAAUGGCGACAGACUGUGUCUGCUUAAAUUACGAAUGGAUUAUUUCGCUACUUCUUUUCUGGCUGGUUUAGUUUCGUUGACUAUAUAGCUAGAGAGCCAUUGAGCUAACUAGAACCAUGCUAGUUCUUUGUUUGUUCUAAGCCAGUAGGGUUCUUCUGCGAUAGCACGGGAAUGCAUAGACUUGUACUGAGUUAUCUGUUUAGGAACUAAGCUAUUAAUAUGAUGGGCUGUGAACUUGAAGGCAAGACAAUUGUUUGGUCAUAGACCAGGUAGUCUACCUCUACUCUUAUCUUGGUUGCAUUUUGAAUGUAUGGGAAGAGACUAAAAAAAGCUAGGUCCUGGAACCUUUGGUGGUGUUAACGAUUGUGGCACCAUGUUUUGAUUGCGCACUGACUUAGGGUUUAUUUUUGUUGGGAAGGCAAUCAAUGAUCUUUAAUACCAUGUCCUGUGUCUCUUCCAGAAAUUACGAUUACAGAAACCUGACUCGGUUAGGAUUUCAGGCAGACGGAUGAGCAGAGCUGGUAAGUUUUUUGCCUUUUCCCGUGAUCUUCCUGCUAUAGGGUCUCAUAUGUGGAAAUGUCGGAGAACCUAUAUAUGCUCAAGUAUGAUGAGAACCUGAAAGUGAAUAAGAGAUAAAUUAGUUCGAAAAUUUACUAGGGUAGGUAGCAGAGUUCCACAUUUCAUACUCUUAAGAGCGUGCGAUUGCAGCAUGCCUUCCUCUGUUCCAACUUCAAUCAGGUUGUUUUCAGUGUUCACCCUUUGUUAGGUUCAUAAUGGCGUGGCAAUUCUGUUUGUGCUGUAGGCUAUUGUUUUUUUUUUUCCCCACCCCGACUCAUCGGUAACAUUGACAGAUGAACUUUUUGUAAUGCUAUUACUGCUCUGACCAUCUAGCUGUUGUAUUGGCAUUAAGCGUUUGCAUACAACUUGAAAGUAUUGUAUGUUUUCUAGGUAGAGAUGAUUCACUGGGCUUCACAUUUUAUAGUGCAGAGAAUAUCAUUGUCUUUAAGCGAGCAAAAGAGAGUCUGUCUACUCUUUCCUCUGUGGUUGCCAUUCGAUAUCUCUUGUGUGCCUUGAAGAAUUGAUCUUCUAAUUGCCAUUAUUAUUAUGAUUAUAGUGUAAACACAAUUAAGCUUUGGCGCUAAAUAUAGAAGAAAAAACAAGCUUCCUCUUCAUUGGAGACAUUGAUUGUAUAGAUCACUUCUCAUUGCAUGCAGCAACCGACGGCCUCCUUAGCCAGGGCAGCACCACCAGGAAAGGCAUCUCUCUCAAAGUUCCUGGAUGUGCGACUGCGACUAUUCCAUUAAUAGGUCAUCUGAGUAGGAUUUUCCCUUUUAAUAGUUUUUAUAUCAUGAAUGUAGUAAGUCGUUAUAGUCACAAAACAAUAACUGGUUAUUGGAUUGGUCCGGAUAUCGACGACGAUGGAUGGGGAUUCGUUGAAGCUUCGAUUCACCCAGUUGCUUGACUCUAUAGCUAGUCUUGAACUGUUGAUCUUUCUUUGAUCUUGCGUAUGACUUAUCUUAUCUUCGCUUUCGCUUUACGGUAACCUGAAUUUGAUUUGAGUGGUGAAGUAUACAAGGAAGACAAACAUCAAGACUCUUAACAGACAGUGAACAAGAAUUAACAGAACAUAAACAGUUUGUAGUCAAUGAUUUCUUUCCAGUUAGUCAAUGAUCCCAAUUGAAAAUCAUGAAAUCCAGCAGCAACAUAUCCAUCCACCCGUUGAUACGCCCUGUGGUAUGUAUCAAAUCCAUGGUGUUGUCGAAGAAUAGAAGCCUUUGGUUCAAUGUCACAUACAAAGGGAUCAACCCUCUCAAGUCUCAAAGCAAUAGUCUCACUGAACGGAGCUCCAAGGUUUAGGGAAGUUGAGACAAUAGUGACGUUGCGCUCCCUCAUUCUAACAGCAAACGAACAGGCUCCUAUGCCGAAAUCAAGAACAAUUCGGAGC